UGGAGACGAGGAUCACAACAAGAGGGAUUGUCAGGCAAUGCUAGAUGCGCUAAAGGAAGGUAUCAUUGAAUUAGAUGAUAGGAAAUAUGUGAUGUGGGCUGAUGAGGGGAAACAUGUGCCCUUCCUGCCUUCGAUGAAAAUUAAUGUGGAUAUCCGAAGGAGAAGGAUAAAUGAAGCAAAGGGAAAACAGGCGCAGGUGCCGAUGGCGGCAAAGGUUUCCCGAGUGACUUUCAAAGACGAGUUAGGUGAACCACUGGAGGGUCCAGGGAUGAGGAUUUCCUCCAUUAAGUUUGAGGAAACAAUGAGUGAUAGAGAGGCUUAUAUAUGCGGCCAAGGGGUGGGAGAAUCUAGUAGCGGAAAGAGGGAGGACCAGGAUCAACCGAUGACGAAUGAGCAAGUGGAGUCGCCCAAGUCGCCCCAGUCCCCUAGGAAAAGAGGGGCCAAGAAGUUACAGCUAAAAAGUUCGUUGGACGAGGUUGAUUUGAGGGAGUCAUUGAGAAGGGCAAUGGAUAUGCCCAUCCCUAUCACUCUCAAGGAAUUCAUAGCUGGCUGUGAGCCGGCGAAAGAUGAACUGAUAGGAAUGAUGCAGAAAGCUAAGGUGCCGCUGGCGGAGACGGCGAUCUCUGGAGACCCAAAGGUGGAGGCGAAAACCUCUGCCUUGAUAGCUGAGAAAGGAAAGGAAGGAGUAGAACUCGUUGGAGGCAAGGGCGACUACUUUUACGUCCUUGGUAGUGGGAAGUAAAACGCCAUCGUAAACGGAGUAAG